CGCUCAACUUACCUCCACCUUCAACCCCUCUCUCUUCUCUUCUGCUCAUUUCUCUCCAUCACCCUUCCUCUCGGCCCCUCUUUCUCGUCUCCGCUGCAUCCGUCCGUCCCUUCGCUCAGCUGACAAAAUGGCCAUGAAGGAUCUGUUGAAAGCUGAGGAUAUCAAGAAAGCUCUUGAUGCCUUUGCAGCGGCUGAGUCUUUUGACCACAAGAAGUUCUUCGAGAUGGUGGGGAUGAAGGCCAUGUCAGCCGAAAACGUCAAGAAGGUCUUCCAGGCUCUGGAUGUGGACGCCAGUGGAUUCAUAGAGGAGGAAGAGCUCAAGUUUGUACUUAAGGGCUUCAGCAAGGAAGGCAGAGAUCUGACCGAUGGAGAGACAAAAGCAUUCCUCAAAGCUGCAGACAAGGACGGAGACGGAAAGAUCGGCAUCGAUGAGUUUGAGGCCUUGGUGCAUGAGUAACGGACAGCCACACACCCCCCUCCACCUCCCCACAUCCACAUUUUGUAAUUGCCACCUCCCAUCUCCUCUCACUUCCCCUGGGAGGCCACACAUGGAGUCAGACCAGGCCUUGCUCUCAACAAAACACAACCAGAAGAGGCCAACAGUGGGUCACGGAGAGGGGGAACACACAGGCAUACCUGGCAUACCACUGUCAUUUUUAUUUUUAUUAUUAUUUUAUUAUUAUUUUUUUUUUCUCAAAAGAAGGUGGUGCUAGUGCUGUAGAUGGUGUAGAUGUUUCAUAUCCAAACCUUCAAUCUUCCUCCUCCCUCUGUGUAUUUCAUGUCGUGCAUUUCCUCUUAUUGUUUUUUGGGCUGCUCAUACAUCAAUGUACUCGCCUCUUCCUCAUCCACCUUUCCUUCAUCCUCUCCUCCUCCUCAGUCCCUCCUUCCGACGAGACGAUGUAGUAACUAAACUGAUUUUAAAAAAAGAAUUGCCAUGAAGAGAGAAAAGACCUGAAUAAGAAAUAAUAAAGAGCCUUGAGUUAUA